CGUUAGCUCCUCUAGUCUGAGGCAGAACUUGCUGUCCCGUGCAGACAGGGAAAAAAAGCUGGCCGCCUACUAGCUAGCUCUGAUCAUCAGGCUAGUACCCAGAACAUAAGUGAGGCAACUGGAACGCCACCACGGAUUUCCUGUGGGACAAGCGCACGGGUCUCGCUGCGAAAACGAUGCCUCACACAAGACGCUACUCGUCUUCGGACAGAGACAGUCGAAGCAGCUACCAGGACCGCUACAGAGACAGCAGAGGCAACUACCAGGAUCGUUACAGAGACCGAGACCGAGACAGAGACAGAGGGCGAAGACAGCGGCACAGAAGAUCACCAUCAUUCUCAUCCAGCAGUGACAGAGAACGAGACAGAAGGGGGCGAGGACACAGACAGGAAGGAAGCUUUGUACGCUCAAGGAGUCGUAGUUAUGACAAUCGUUUAGUGGAGCACCGGCCAUAUGACCGAAGAUACUACGAACGGGACCGCGACAGAGAACGAGAACCACAUGGAGCAGCUGAAAGUUACUAUCCACGCAACUUCUCUCCAAACGUGUACGACUAUCGGCGCGGCCGUGAGAGGGAACAGGAAGAGUCAUACAGGCGGAAAGGCAGCAGGCGUAAGCACAAACGAAGGCGGCGUAGAACCAGGUCCUAUAGCCCGUCCUCCUCGCGGAGCGGCAGCCGGACGCGGGCACUGAGUGUGAGGGACGACGAGGAAGGGCACCUGAUCUGUCGGAGUGGGGACGUCCUGCAAGAGAGAUAUGAGAUUGUCAGCACUUUGGGGGAAGGCACCUUUGGGAGGGUGAUGCAGUGCAUUGACCAUCGCAGGGGAGGAGCCCAUGUUGCCCUAAAAAUUAUCAAAAAUGUGGAGAAAUACAAGGAAGCAGCUCGUUUGGAGAUCAAUGUCCUUGAGAAGAUCAAUGAGAAGGAUCCUGAUAAUAAAUUCCUGUGUGUACAGAUGUACGACUGGUUCGACUACCAUGGUCACAUGUGUAUCUCCUUUGAGCUGCUAGCUCUCAGCACCUUUGACUUUCUAAAGGAGAACAACUACCUUCCCUACUCAAUUGGUCAGGUCAGACACAUGGCCUACCAAAUCUGUCUCGCUGUGAAGUUUCUUCAUGACAAUAAGCUGACACACACAGACCUGAAGCCCGAGAACAUCCUGUUUGUUAAUUCAGACUUCACAAUGUCCUACAAUGUAGAAAAGAAACGAGAAGAGCGGACUGUUAAGAGCACAGCCGUGCGUGUCGUGGAUUUUGGCAGUGCCACUUUUGACCAUGAGCACCACAGCACCAUUGUGUCCACACGGCAUUACCGCGCCCCUGAGGUCAUACUAGAACUGGGCUGGAGCCAUCCCUGUGAUGUGUGGAGCAUUGGGUGUAUCCUGUUUGAGUACUACCUAGGUUUCACCCUGUUUCAGACCCAUGACAACAGGGAGCAUUUGGCCAUGAUGGAGAGAAUCCUAGGACCAGUUCCCUCGAGGAUGAUUCGUAAAACAAGAAAGCAGAAGUAUUUCUAUCGGGGUCGUCUGGACUGGGACGAGAGUUCGUCAGCAGGAAAAUAUGUCCGAGAAAACUGUAAACCUCUGCGGCGGUAUCUGCUGUCAGAGGCGGAGGAGCACCACCAGUUGUUUGACCUCAUUGAAAGCAUGUUGGAGUACGAGCCCUCUAAGAGGCUGACGCUCGCCGACUCCCUCAAACACCCUUUCUUUGAAAAUAACGGCGUUGGCGAGGCCACGGGCAGCAAGACCUGGGAGGGAAACAGAGACAUUAGCCGGUGACACCUGAGCCCUUCAAAGACAGAGUGACAGAGAUCAUAUUUUAUAUGUGGUGCAGGGCUCUCGUGUAUUCUGUUAAUUGUCAUUAAAGCAUGGACACCUUAACGUCUUGCCCUCCCUGUCCUGUCCCUUGGAUGUCCACCUCUGCAGCCACAAGAGGCAUGUUUUUUUCCUGCAGAGAGACCUAUACGACCCACAAGAGACUGGAAAAGAGUCUGACUUUUUUAGUGGCCUCAGUACAGGACAGAAUCACGAGAGAUUGUUUGUACCCAAGGUAGCCCUCUAUGCAGCUCCAGUCUUCCUUUUGACUUCUGACCCACCUUCAUCCAUCCGUCUGUUAAUUAAUGCUGGAGAAGAAAGGGUAUAAAGGAGGUAGCACAUACAGUAUGUGCAGCAUAGGUCUUCACCCACAUAAGUGUUCACGAUGUCAUAUUUCAAGAUAUUCUUCCCUGAUGACAUCACAUCAACAAAUUGCAAGUGUCUCCAGCCGAGGCAGAUAUCCCGAGUUCAUGUUUUUGUUUUUGUAAGGUGAGCACUUGCACUGUGUAUUAGGUUUUUUUUAAAAGGAUGAUCCUGAACAUGGAGACUGUUUACAUCCAAAAUGCUCUUUGCCAAUGAGAUAAUAAUGCGAUGACUCUCUGCACACACACAGGCCUCUGAAGCCCGUCUCAUUCAUAGAUAUAUCUGUUAAUGUUAUACAAAGCUUUCUGGGUGUGUGUCCGGUCGAGGGUGUGAGUUUGUGUAUUGUCGGUGUGGAUCGAGUGGUUAAUGCUCUCAUGUAAACAUAGUCUUUUAGUUGUUGAGCGUUGGUUAUGGAAUUGUCAAGAAUUCUCAAACAUGAAAAAACAGACAAACCGCCUUCUCCAUGUGUGAUAAUGGUUGGAUCCAAUUUGUCACCAUUAAGGUUAAGCACACAGCUCCUGGUGGAAGCCAUUGAGCUCACACACACACACAGCUCCUGAUGACAUAUUUAUUUUGAGUUCCAAUAGGUCAAUCCCCACUCCCACCUGUAAAUGACAUGUUUUUGUAUGAAAUUAAAGCGUAUAAAACUGUAUAUAUGUAUGAUUGUGUAGAAUUAAAGUUAAGUCCUCCUUGCCUGGGGUGUAUUGGUGCUCCCAGUAUCAGCUUAAGCCUGUGGCUCAAAGGAGGCACUCUGUCUUUAAAUACCACCACUGUGUCCGAGUCCAUGUCUUACCACGCUGACUAAUAAUAGAACUGCUGAGUGACUCACAGAAACACCAGACAUGUGGUUCAAAUAUGUAGGAGAUCUGAGGCAGAAGCGUUUCAAGAUGAAAACUGUCAGAUUAGGUCACAUCAGUGAGUGAUAAUGCCAGUAAAAGAUUGGGGACUACUUUACAACUCUAUUAGCUAUAUAAAGGAAGUAUAAAUGGUCUGUAGUAACAAGAUCUUGCAGGAUAGUGAGACAGAAUCUGUGUAAAUAUUACUUAAUAACUUGUCUAUUAUUGUUAGAUUUAUAAACAAUAUACACAAUUAGUAAAUCCUUUAUAAGGAUAGUGUUAUUUUAAAGUGGUACCAGUUUUUGUUAUUUUUUUGUUAUUUUCAGGCCAGUGUCUCGGAUGAUAUUUCAGAUUCCAGUGUUCACUGGAAAGCGUGCAGGAACCCUGGGGCUAUUUCAAAAAUGAAACUAUUCUCGACCCAAGCUCAGCUGUCGCCCUGUCAGGACAGGAGGAGUGGGAGGCGGAUGAUGUGCUGCGGCAGCUGUUCUCCUGCUUCAUCACACAUGCUCCUCCAUCUGUCUGGUAACGUGCAAGUUCAGUGCUUAUAUUUUUUUGUUUUUAUUUUUUCAACCUCACCCAUUGUGGGCAGUCAGUCUUCCUUUAUGGCCUCCUUUACUGUUUCUGUGCAGCAAUGAAAUAGACAAAGGCCUCUGUCACACAACAAGACACCACUGUGAAGAUAUCCCAGGAAAUGUGUAGCCUCUGUUAAUUGUGUGGUUGGAAAGUUGUGUAAUUUAUCUUUAAUGCCACUGUGUCAAAGAAAUAUAAGUGAACAUAAAAAGAACACACAAAUACCAAGUAAUGUGAUGCUUUUCUACUCUGCAAAUACCCCGGUGUGUAAUUAGUAGCCAGUUCUUGCUGUGAUCACCGGAUGUGUUGACACCAGAUGACCUGUGUCCAGACCUGGAGUAAAUGAACCAAUGAAUGAAAUGGUUCAUUCAGCUUUAUGACUCAGCUGCUGCUUUAUAUUUCCAGUCAAUGAAGCUGCCUUCCUGUGUUUGACGUCCAGGAAUAAAUCCUCUCCUCCUCUCGUCUGUCUGUCCACACUCCAUCUGUCAGAGAGUGUAACUACCAUCGAAUUUUACUUUAUGUUUACUUCUGAAACUGAGUAAUUAUUAAUCAAAUAUGUCCCCUGCUGCAAACAUGAGGAUCUGGUUUGAGCUUUUUUUGUUUUUAAAUAUAUAUGGAAUGUAAACAAGCAGGUGUUUAUCUGUUUGCUCUGCUGCUAAUGAGAUAAAUGACUCUUGCGUCUUUAGCUAAUCCUGUUAGACCAGCGAGGUCAUCAGUCAAACCCUCCAGAAGAUCAGACGCCGACGGAGCAGAAGUGUUCAUUGUAUGACAUGACGUGAACGGAUGAUCGUGGUCACAGUCGCAG